UGACCACCUCACCGUUACCCUUUCCGAAUGGCGCGUCCGACCUUUCCUCACUAAGGGGGCUGAAAUUCAUUAUUUGGAGGGCAUUUCCCUUCAUUCUUCAGUUUUCGAUUCUUUCUCGGCAGAGCUCGGUUGGCACUGUUCGCGGAAGCGAUCGGACAAAAUGGGCCUAAAGACGGCUAUGUUCGCUGGCGCUGUUGCUGCGUUUGUUCGGACGGCAGCUGCAGCGCAGCCCGGCGCCGCCGACCCGAUUCCUGGACCCAUGCGUGACUUGGUCUGGGGCAAACUGAAUUUCCUGCAUACCACGGACACGCACGGAUGGCACGCAGGCCAUCUACAGGAAUCGCAAUACUCGGCCGACUGGGGUGACUAUGUCUCGUUUGCCCACCACAUGCGCAAGAGAGCCGACGAGCGUGGCGUGGACCUCCUGCUCGUCGACACGGGCGAUCGUGUCGAGGGCAAUGGCUUGUACGAUGCAUCCCAUCCCAAGGGGAAAUACUACUACGACAUCUAUCGGGAGCAGCAUGUCGAUAUCAUAUGCACAGGGAACCACGAGCUCUACAAGGCCUCCACUGCCGAUCGCGAGCACCUGCACACGGUUCCGAAUUUCAGAGAGAACUACAUUGCCUCGAAUCUCGACUACAUAGAUCCCAAGUCCGGAGAGCAGAUGCCGAUGGCGCAACGAUAUCGCAGAUUCCAGACAAAGAAUCAGGAAUUGGACAUUGUUGCCUUCGGCUUUCUCUUCGACUUCACUGGCAACGCCAACAACACGGUCGUCCAGCCGGUCAAGGAGACCGUCAGGGAGAAGUGGUUUCAGGAUGCGAUCAGGGAAGAGACCGAUAUUUUUGUCGUGAUUGGCCAUGUCGGGGUCCGGAUGCCAGAGUUCGACACCAUUUUCAGGGCCAUCCGCGAGCGAAACCCGCUCACCCCUGUCCUCUUCUUCGGCGGCCAUGUUCACGUCCGAGACGCCACAGCGUACGACUCGCGCUCAUUUGCCGUAGCUAGUGGGAGGUACUUUGAGACGAUCGGCUGGAUGUCGGUUGAUGGCGAGCUGCACGGGACGCCGAGAAUGUCAGGAAAGGCACCCUUGUCUUUCCAUCGCCGAUAUAUCGACAACAACCUGUUGGGGUUGCACCACCACGCCGGCCUCAACGCUACGACCUUCCCCACCGAGCAUGGCCGCAAUGUCUCCGCCAUGAUCACCGAGGCCCGUAAGGAGCUCGAUCUCGACUACGCCUUUGGCUGCGCUCCGAAGACGCUUUGGAUGACGCGCUCGCCAUAUCCCGGAGACGACAGCAUCUACUCCUGGCUCGAAAAGGAAGUUGUCCCAGACAUAGCGGUCAAUGCCAGCCGGAAGGAUGUGCCGCGUCUGGCCAUUGUCAACACAGGCGCUAUCCGGUUUGAUAUAUUCAAGGGCCCAUUCACUCGGGAUACGACCUACAUCGUCUCGCCCUUCACUAGUCUCCUCACAUAUAUCCCCGAUGUUCCGUACCAUAUAGCCCGGAGGGUCAUCACCCUGCUGAACAAUGCCGGCAGGAUCAUGGAGUCGAUCCCGAUGGAUAACCGAUUUUUGGCGAACCCCGAGCAGCUUUUUAUCCAAGAGUCUAUCAUCCACGAAGCUCCCGCUCCAGCAGAUGUGCACGCGGACAAUACGCAGCAGAAGCCCCUGGCUGACGGCCUUAAGGAGAGACUCCGUCUGACAGAGGGAUACACCACGGAAGAUGACAUUGGCGAUGACGGGGAUGAUACCGUGCAUUCCCCAAUCAACUUCUAUGUCGUGCCGAACUGCAUCCAAUCCGAGCUUGCCUUUCCGGCGGAGGGCGAGCCAGGAACAGUGGACCUUGUGUUCCUGGAUUUCAUCACGCCGUGGGUGCUGAUGGCCCUGCGGUUCUACGGGGCCGAGUACGGCGAGAAGGACGUACAGCUGUAUGUUGAAGGGACAUUUACCGAGUUGAUGGCUGGCUGGAUAGAGAAGAACUGGCCAAAACGUUGCUAGAUGUGUACUACCUACGUAAUGUUGUCGGUUUUUAGACCGCGCAUCGUAUGCGAGCGUUUUUGGCUUGGGAUAUGUCGGGUUAUUCUGUGGUUAUAUCAGUAUUGUGCCAUGUCUGAUCGAGGGUUUCCGUGUUGGUUGAAUUCUCAUUGCAUGGAGUGAACUGUUGGAUGCGUGGCACACUUCUACCAUGCCCAAGUUGAUAACAUGGAACUUCAUCGGGAAGGG